AUGGAUUCGAUCUCUUGUACCUCGCCAAAUCUCUGCUUGCUCUUCACAUUAAUCUCCAUCCUCAUCUCCGUCGAUUGUCGUUACCCGGCGGUUUUCAAUUUCGGCGACUCGAAUUCCGACACCGGCAACCUCGUGGCCGGGACAGGCCAAACCCUUAACCUGCCAAAUGGCCAGACGCACUUCAAUAGAUCUUCCGGCAGGUUCUGCGACGGCCGGCUGAUCGUCGAUUUUCUAAUGGAUGCUAUGGAGUUGCCGUUUUUGAACGCGUAUUUGGAUUCAAUAGGAGCGCCGGUUUUCCGACGAGGCUGCAAUUUUGCGGCCGCAGGGGCUACUGUGCUGAAGCCGCCCGCACGGUCCCUUUGCCCGUUUUCGUUGAGGAUUCAGGUGGCUCAGUUCCUAAGGUUCAAGGCAAAAGUUGAAGAAAUACAAACUGAGUCAAGCAAGUAUGAAGAGUAUAUUCCAGCUCAAGAUUAUUUUGAAAAGGCGCUCUACAUGUUCGACAUAGCCCAGAACGACUUAAACACCCCCUUUAUGGACGACAAAACAGUCGAUGAAGUUGUUGCCUCGAUUCCAACAAUUCUGUUAGAAUUCGAAAAUGGCAUCGAGAAAGUAUACGAUCAAGGGGGGAGAAAUUUCUGGAUCCACAACACGGGUCCUUUAGGCUGCUUGCCCAUGAACAUUGCUGGAUUCGGAAAUGAAGAACCGUUUAAGCUGGAUGAGCUCGGAUGUGUCGGCGAUCUCAAUCGAGUCGCGAGGAUUUUCAACCUCAACCUUCUCGAUCUCACCAAGAAAUUGCAAGGCCAGUACCCGGAUGCAAAUAUCACCCUCGUCGAUAUUUUCUCCAUCAAGUUGGACCUCAUAGCAAACUACUCUCUACACGGAUUCAAGCAGCCACGUAUGGCCUGCUGCGGAUAUGGAGGUCCGCCCUUUAAUUAUGACCGGCGGGUCAGCUGUGGAGAGACAGCAGUUGUGGACGGGAGUUUGGUCAUGGCCGGAGGUUGUGAUGACAGCAGAGAGUAUGUAAGUUGGGAUGGAGUUCAUUACACGGAGGCUGCCAAUCGGCACGUUGCAUCACAGAUUCUGACAGGAAAAUACUAUUUGGAUUUGGAUCAUCCUCCUGUGUACAAUAUGUGUGCCUUUUCUUGA